ACAUUUUGUUCCGUGUCAAUUAAAUUGUUUUUGUGGACAUGUGAAAAACCAUAUUUUUCUAAGAGGCAUGCGAGGAGAUAUAUUUUAACUCUACCUAAAUUCGUGUUAUCAGUGCAGAAAGUCUGAUCCUCCUGUGGACAUUGAAAAUAGAUCAUUUCCUACCCUAUUGUUUGACACAAUACCCAUAUACAAUCUUACACAUAAUGAUUUAACUGGUGUAUGGCUCUCGACAUCAUAACCGAAAAUACUUUUCUAUUAACCUUACUGUGAUUUAACAACAAUCCACAUAUUAGCCUACUGAUUGUUUGAGUGCCUCAGGAAGUAAUGCGAUACCUGUCUGCAUGGCGGAAUAUUUUGCGUUUAGUUUAGGUGGUUAGUUAAAAAUAGUAAUGUAGCAAUGGAGUGAGCUCCAUGUAAUAUGUCUAGUAUGAGCCAGUUGACAGGGCCUAAUGACGCUUCACUUGAGCAUUGCUUCACUAAUAUUUUCGCCUUGACUGAUUUCAGUGGUAUACAGUACAGAAAAUACAUCCUUCAUACUCCCAAAGAGUAUCAUGACCCGCUAAACGAUCCAAUUAUUAAGUCCUACACACUGUGCCAGAAGUAUGGCGUUCUUUCAGCCUGGGUGCGCUCAAAACCAGAGUCAUCUGACUUAUCAAAUCCUUGCGCUUUUUCGAAGUUUGCUAAAGAGCUCUGGGUGUUUUGGUAUGGAAACGAUGACUUUCCAAAUGCUGAUAGCUGUAUACUGCCAGAACUCCGUAGGGAGGACCAUGGAAACUGGCGACAAGGUCUAUCAUAUGAAACAAGAACUGUCUUGUUUCGAGCCUUGCACAACGUUGUUGAAAGAUGUCUGCUUACUAAAGGGUUUGUGCGCUUGGGCAAAUGGUUUGUACAGCCUCGUAAAUGCGGUUGCAACGAUGACAACGUACAGUACAGUGUCAGUUUUUCGUUCUUCCUACACGGUGAGAGUACGGUGUGUGCUAGUCUCGACAUUCGUCAACACGCUGCUGUCCAAAGAGUUGGAGUUGAACACAUUCAGAGUUGUAUCACAAGUCAGUCAACCAUACCCGUCAUCCUGGCACCUUAUGGAAUAUCUGCAGAGCUGACGGGUUUCGGUUUUGAAAAGAAAGACAGAGAUCUGAUGGUUGAAUCAGAAGCAUGGUCGACUUUUUACCCCCUCAGGCCCAGUCACGAAUGUGACCCUUCUAUGAGUGGUGUAACUGGUCUGCCGUUUUUUGCUAUGGCUACUCCUACGCAUCAGAAUCCACGUCAGCAGAAUAGAUUUAGUAAUGAUAAGAAGCGGACAGCAGAAGAAAUCAAUCGACGGUGUCUAGAUACCCCACCCAAAUUUGUUGAGGUGAUUGUCGAUGGUUUUCGUAUGAGAUACCCAAUGUGCUUUGUUCUAAUAACCUCUGUAAACGAUUCACCUAGUCAACCGGAAUAUAACCCAACACCUUACGGUGAUGCAAUUUAUUUAUCAGACGUUUCCGGUCAUAAUUUAUCUACGAACGUAUCAGUGCCCUAUAUGUCGAACAAAUGUUCUAUGUAUAAUGCCCAUAUUCCAAAUAAGAUAAAAACAUCACGCUUCUGGAGAGUAAACAAACGGAGAAAACGCCCGUCUAUAAAAAUGAACACACCUGGGACGUCUUUGCUGAAAGCAGUUAUUCCUAAUAGUUCUUUGCAGUCUGAUUUCUUAGUAGAUGUUCGUCAUAUCUACCUAGCUGGAAGAACUCUCCAGUGUGCAUCGCAACAUAAUCGUCUUCCUUCUAUGAAACCAGAGUGGCAAUCAAAACGGUCACAUUCUACUGAUAAAAGUGAUAUGGGUUGUAGUACUGAUGGGCUCAUAACUUCAGUAUCACCCGAAAUGUGCUCAUUGUACAUACAAGAUCCAUGUACUAUCUUGCAGUGCUGCUGCAACAGGUUUUCUCGGGUUCGUCGCACUUCUGUUGGUGGUUCGUUUCAUCAGCAAGAUCCCUGUAUCCGACAUUCUUUGAAGUCAUCUAUUCAUUUCAAUGUCCCGUUCUGUGAUCGUCCAAGGACUCCACUCCCAAUGAUUACAACCAACUUAACUGCAACCCAUGACCCAUCCAUGCCUACUCUGAGCCCUCAGCAACCAGCUCCAAACCAAAACUCAAGCCUUAGUUCUAAUACCCUCAAUGAAUUAAAUAACGAUUUCGUUUGUGAUCAGAAUACUUCCCAGACCACACCUUCAUCCACUCACCUUUCAACAGCGCCACAACCUCCAUCACUUCUUCCUAAACCUGAAAGUAACUCAACUUUAUCUUCGAUUGUAAAGAUACCUAACGGUUUGGUGAUCACCGACUCACCCGUUUCUUCAGAUCAUCAAACGCAAUAUGCAAAAAUGUCAGCCCGACACAUUCCGAUCGCUUCUGUAUCUGUAAUGAAAAGAAAUUUAUUCAAUACUUGGUUAGCCAGACAUGCAGCCCAGGAAUUGCAGAAAGAACCAUCUAGUGACAUAAAGCGUCCAAGCUUAUGUCUUAGCAUUCCAGAUCGAAUUGAAAGAGAACAGUAUAUAUGCCCAGAAGGCAUCGCUUUGCAAUCUGCCCUUGAGCAAUCAUCCCCAUCCUUCCCGAAUUAUAGUGUUAUCGAUGACAAUACAUCGUACAAAGAAAAUAAUGUAACUACUGACGAGUAUUCGUUUAGAAACAAACGCCCUCGUACUGCUAUCUGCCGCACUGAUUUCAACGAAUGCAGUUUGAAUGAUGGCGCACAAGGAAUUACGACAGAUAUCACAAAUGUCAACUUCACUUCUGCUAAUCCAUAUUCCCCGGAUAUGAAGGUCGGAGUUGCAGAGUGCAAUGGUUUAAUCGAUGACCAACACAUUAAUCCAGGAGCAUUGGAAACAAAUACUCAUUCUGGAUUGAUGCAUUCUAACGGUUCCGUCAUGAAUAAUUCAAGUGGUACUUUCAGUCGCAACGUUGGACUAAUCACUCACAGAGGAGUCAGUCUCGCUAGCAGUACCGGUUCUGGACCGAUCGGACCAGCAGAACUAGCUUUAAUGCUUCCCACACCACCAUCCCAUGACGCACCUCAACCUAGUCCUGUUGAUGGUGUUUCAGUGUCCACCAACCGUAUGAACCCUUCAACAACUUCAGUAAGCACCCCUGGGCCUGGCUCUCCGUCUGUUCAAACAAUCCAGGACUCAUUAUCUUCCAAUGUAACAGACACAUCGUCACAUUCGAUUCCUGUACCUUUCCAGUCUGCCAAUUCGCCACCGUCUUGUCAAAAUCAGGGAUUAUGGCAUCUUGCUAAACUGCCUUGCAUUCAAAACCUCAGUAGCGUCAGCAUGGAAUCUCAAGACUGGUCUUUCGUUCAACCUUGCGCUGCUUAUCUCGGUAUGACAAGUAACUAUCAAAUCCCUCAUGACGAAAUUUCAUUAUUCGCAAAGUCUCUACCUCAGCUGAAAUGGUCGUAUGACCAUCGUGCAUCAAACCAAAAAUCUGUCACGUCAGAUUGUUUAGAUCCACAUUUUACACCUAAUGGGUUGGUUGUCAACACUGGGAAUCAGUCUGUGACAUCUAAGUCUUGGCUAACGUCUCCCAAUUCUUUUCCUUCAACUUCAUUACAUCGAAAUGUUGCAAACACUGAUAAUAAACCUUGUUCACCUCAACAACUGAAUGAGUCUGGGACUACCUAUUCUAUCACAGGGUUUGUGAAGUCAGCAGAUUGUACGAAUCCUAAUACCAAUUACGUAGAGGAUUACACCGAGUGGUUAGCCAGCUUACUUGAAACCAAUGGACUUUUAGUAAAUUUAAUCCUUUCAGAUUCUAUGCUAAAUUUAUUCAAAGACCAUAAUUUUGAUUCCUGUAACAUUUGUGAAUGCACGUCAUCCAUACUUGGCUCUGAAAUUGGUCUUUACUUAUCCAAUUCAAUAUCUACAACGUCACCUUGUAGUAGAUCAGGACGAACAAACAUUUCAACUUUUGGAAGUCAUGACCUAGUUGGCGGGUCUGGGUUCCAUUUUACACGAGGAUGUAAAUGUGGUUUCAGUGCUGUGAUGAAUCAGAAAUAUGUAGUUAAUGGAAAUUUAUUCUAUGAAGAUGAAAUUGAAGUAACCCGAUUGUCUGUUCGGUCUUCUUUGAGUCAGAACAAUGAAAAUCCAUAUACUCGUCCACCGAACUACCGAACACGUCCAGGUUGGUGGGUAACCAGUUCUCAUCCUUCUGUUAGUCAUUUGCUUUUACUUCAACGGAUAAUGAGUAGCGUAUUUGAAGAAUUUAGUGUUCGACAGAUAACUGAUCAACUAAGAUGGAAUAUGUUGUCGUGUGACCAAGUCAUUAAAGAAAAUAAACUAGAAUAUGAUGAUGCUUGUGCUCUAAUUGCGUCGGCUAUUCGCAAUUCCGUUGAAACAGUGCGUCCACGCAGAGUAGUUGGCCAUGUUGACAAUAUUGAUUCCAUUGCCAAUGGUACACCUCAUCCGGCUUCCGAAACUGGUGCGUUUAUUCACCCAUCUUUUUUUCUAAAAGCUCAUUCUAAGAUGCCUCAAAAUCAAAACGACCAGAUUCGCUUAUUGACAACAAUGCGUCCUUGGCUUCAGGAGGCCAUUUCGUCUACUCGUAUGUUAGAAUCAAACUAUACGGUUGAUGGACCAUUAACUUGGAAAGCAUUUCAUCAACUUGCUGGUCGAGGCUCUGAUGAAACUUGUAAACCUCAACCGAUUCCUCAGUUGCGCGUUAGCAGUUGCGACCAAGAAAACUUGUUAAUUUCUCCAUUCGCUCUUCGUGAUUGGGACCGAUUAUCACUAUUUCCAUUAUCGCGACCUAAACGUAUUGCUUAUGCUGUGAUCUUGCCUUCUGACUCUCAUAUAUUCUCUGAUUUGACAUCUAAUAUUCCUAAUAUUCUAAUGUCUGAGGGCACCGAUGCAAAUUCUUCCUCGACCUCAAACUCAUUAAGACGUACUCUUGUUGAUUUUCUGAAAGAACUGUCACAUACCUAUGAAGCUUGCCAUCUUGGCCAGCAUUUCCCGUAUUACAAACCAGAAGCAGGUUCUCCUGAUACAGCGUUUAUACCCGUCUUUCCAAAUCCAGAACGUCUUUCAAUAUCAGAAUCUGAUAACUUCGUAAGUAUUCAUCCGGAUCUUCUGAAAACUCUUACAGAACAACUGGGUAAUCAUUCACUAUGUGGAGAAUCAAUACUACGACUUAUUCAAAACUACGCCUGCUCUUCAGUGAACUCCGCCAUAGCUGCAUUGAAGAAACACGGUGUUGCUGUGGAGUUUAGUUUUGAUACGAAUCUUCGCUCUGCCUUGUUCCCACCUUUUGAAUCAAUAAAAUCAGAGAAGCCUAGCGUCCCUGUAAAAAUCAGUCAAGAUGAUAUAAAAUUAAAUAUUGUAAACCGACUUUCAGUUCCAAGCAGAAUGGAUAGUGGCUGCUCUGUACGCUACAGUAAUGGUGAUGGUUCCUUCACCACAUCCUUGGAUACAUCCUCUUGGGGAGCGGGGAGUGAUGUUUAUUUAGUAAUAUACAUUCUAAAUCCUUUCUGCUACUUGUAUGAUAUCAGUAUGGAGCUUGGUCGUCUUGUUAUGCAGUCAUUAGUCGGUUCUGCCAAUCAUAUAUUGAAUUCCUUACCUGAAUCAUGGCGUGCACGUGUCACUACACAAAUUUUAUCAGUUGAUCAUGUCAUGUCUGACUAUUUGCCUCGUUUACGACCUUUAGCACUGGCAAUUUACACAUCUGUGAAUCGUUUCAUUGAGCCCAGUUUAAUAAAUGCAAAUCGUACAUUAACGGGUAUAGGUCCAGCAGCUGAAAAAGAAAUUAUUUCAAAUGAUAAAGACAGCUUCCAUAAACGAACUAUAUUUGCGCCUCCAUAUACGCUCAUGAACUCACGUGAUGUACUCAGUCAACUAGAUAUUUCAUCAGAACCUAUUGACCGGUCGUCUGUUUUAUUUGUUGCAUAUUGUCUUUCACAAGAUCAACAAUGGCUUCUUGCUACAUUUACAGAUGAACAAGGUGGAUUAUUAGAUCAUACUUUAAUUAAUAUUCGUGUCCCAACAAGAUAUUUUACUGAAAUAGAAAAUCAACGUUUUCAGCCAACAGAAUCAAAUAAACAUAUAUUAAGCCCUCGUCGUAUUGGGCUUGCACGACUUUGGGAUUAUAUUAUUAAUUUGAUCAGUCAAACUGCCAACGCUUGGCGACUUGUAGUAGGAAGAAUUGGUAGGUUGGGACAAGGAGAACUAAAAGGUUGGAAUGGACUGUUAGGACGAAAAAGCCUUCAGGAUGUAAAUAAAUUUUUUCGAGAGCGCUGUACUGCAUGUAGUAUAUCAUCUUGUGUUCCUUCACAUUCGUCAUCCAUUAAUAAUGGUUCUAAGCCUAUGUUGAAUCUAGUCAAUAGUUUCACUGGAGCCAGUAGUUGUACUCAUGAACUCCCAAGUUUAAUCAGCGCGUGUCUUGUUUCUCUCGAACCUCAAAGCACAUUUCGUGUAUAUCCUGGUUUUGGUUUGUGUUCAGAUGAAUCAUGGACGUACGGAGGUGGUGGAGGCGGUGGUAACGCAGGUGGUGGUGGUGGCUCUGGGAGUGCAGGUAGCACUGGUGGUAGUGGUGGUCUGAGUAACGGCGCUAACAGUGCAUUUUAUGGAGCCAAUGCUUCACCAUUAGCUAUGCGUAUGAUGCCACUUUUAGGUACUCCAACAACGUCUACAGAAACACCUAGUGCAACCCAUAUUCUUGUCUUUCCUACUAGUACUUCAGCAAGUGGUGUGUCUGUAAGUUGAUUUUUCAUUUAGUAUUAAGAUUUUUGCAUACAAGUUUGUUGUACUUAAAUCGUACUUUUAUAAGUUAUUUGCUGUCAUUUGAAUGAGAAGUUGAACAGGUUUCCAUAAAAAUUAUGGUAUUUCAAUUACUUGAAAUUAUGCACAAUUUCAAACCCCGUUUAUCGACACUUGUUCCAUUCUCUAAAUAAUUUUUAAGUAGUGUCUUACAUCUAUACUUUGUGUAUGAUCCAUAACCACUAAACACUCAAUUUUGUUGUUAGGAAACAACUAUUAGUGUAUCUAUGGAUCUAGUUUUACAGACACGUGCUACCAUAAUAGCCGCAGUUGAACGUGUGGUUCGUAAGUGACUUUUAUAAGCGUUGUUUUUUCUAAUUUUAGCCACUUGGCUUCUCAUCAGAAUCUAUUUCUGUAAAUACUGCCUAUCACUUCAUAUUCUACUAGUGUCAUCAAUUUUAGGUGAUAGUUUUUUCCCACAUAAAGAACAAUUCAGAUGGUUAGAGUUUUAAAGUAUUUCUAUUCAGUCUAUACAAUACAUCGACUCGAUAAACAGUGGUGUAAAAUGGGUUUUAAAGUCACUAAUUAUGUACUCGUAGGUGUUGUGUGACAUUAAAAAUUAUUAUGAUUGGUAUAGACUGUUGUAGAGCAUAGGUUUGAGUGCAUUUUUGCGAUUGAAGUUUGUGAAUGUUAGAAUAGUGAACAAAAUCUUGAUCAUUGUGUGAAGCUCUUUGAUACUAUGUGCCUGUCAAAUAACUACUCAUGAUAUAGAACUACGGACACAAUCCCUCGUAUGGACUCUUGUCGAACAGCAAGACAACUGACCAGCGGAAUAAGUUUUGUUUUUAAUAAAAAUAACAUACUUCUAUACAAAUAUUCGAUGCGAAAAUAAACUUUAUUUGGCAUCAAAUAAGCGAUAAAAGGGGUAAAAGUUUUGUCGGUCAAUCAUUUUUGCCGAUUGAAUUAAAACUUUGUGUUCUUGUUAGCUGGCGCAUCAUAGACGUAUUUACACAUAAUUUUGUUCAAAGUAACAUACAAUAUCAAUCUGUAUCUGUCUACUCUUCCUCUCAUUUUUUUUAAAUUGUCAAAAGAUGAUAUACUAUUUGGACCCAUUUGUCCACGAUCUAACGAUUUUCAACUUCCCUGUCACUAGUUCAAAUCUCGCUCUACCCACCUCGACUUAGUUAAUUUUCCACACCACGAAUGAAGUAUACAGUCAAGUGAACAAGUCUUAACUAGAUUUCUUUACUUUUAAAUAGUCGGUUAAAACGUCCGUAAAUAUGUGUAUACGCAUGUAUGCAGUAUUUUAACGUUAGUUAAUUAUUAUUUUUGAAGCGGAUAGCAUUAUUAACUCACAUGAACAUAAGUCUGUAUUUGAUAAAUGAGUCACUAAAUUUAUUAAAUGUUCUUCUUGCUUAGUUAUUUCCCAGAAAUCUGAUUUAUCGAUUAUUUGUGGUUUAAUGGUUUCAACAUUUUUGAGCCUAUUUAAUUUUUAGGAACAUGAGCCUUCUGGAUUAGCUGAAGUCAUCUAUGGGAUGGGGUCCGAUGAUAUGAAUGUAUUUGACUGGCUUCUUCCCAACGAUCCUGGCCUUGAUGAUCUCGUUCCUCCAAACGGAUCAACAGCAGAAAUGUUGGCUGACUUCGGUAAUCCAUCUGAAUUAAAUUUCGGCCUGUCCGACCUAGGUCCACCUGUUUGUGUCAGUGGUGUUAAUGAUGGUACGGGGAAGUCAUCUAAUGGUAGAUUAGGCGAUGGUAGUGAUGUUUUGCAUGGGCACAAUGAGUACGCUGUCGGUUUUCAUGAUAAUCGGGGACAUGGGUGUUCUGAUGUUAUGGGUUUACGUGGACUUGAUUCUGGACUACUGGAUUUGGGACCAAAUCAUGUAAGUAACGUUGGAGGUUAUUUGAGUGAACAUUCAUUCGGUCAUGCUAUAAAUCCUCUCAACACAAUGCCAUUCGGAAUACAUGAUCCUACAGACGAAGUGGGAAGUUUGAUGCAACAACCCUUGGCCAUGGGAUAUUACAUAUCUACAGCUUCUGCCGGUCCACUGCCCUCAUGGUUUUGGAUUGCUUGUCCGCAUUCCAAAUUUCAGUAUCCAGUUUGUUUGAAGUCUGCUCUGCAUUUACAAACUACACUGGUUGGUGUUGACGAUGCUGCAGCCGCAGCUCCUCCACCGACUGGGGGUUCAAGCGGUCCGGGGGUUGGACCGUCGUCAAAUCGUCCGGGACAUCUUCUAGAUUCAAGCAGCACAUGUGAUGUAUUAAGAUACGUUUUAGAAACAUAUAAUGCUUUAUCUUGGUUAACCAUUGAUCCAACAACAAACGAUCGUAGAACUUGCUUACCUAUUCACAUUCUUUCCUUAUCACAAAUAUACCAGGCUUUUGAAGCAUUCACUUGAUUUUAUUGCAUCUCUGUAAUUUAUUUGUAGAUAUUAAGUAAUGUUUCUUUUUUUAAAGAAAUGAUGGCAGCUUGUAAUAUGCCAGUAAAUCUUUCAUGAAAAUUUAAUGAUUUCUCUAUCAUAUCCCUUAUUAUUUACAUUUUAUCCUUUCACUUAUUUAUUCUUGCCAGUUUGUAAAUUGAUAUUGUUUAUUUCCAUCAGGGUAGAUAUUACUUAAUCAUAAUGUUUAUGAUAAUAAUUGUAUUGUUGACUGUAAAUGUAUAUAAAGUGAUCAUUUUAUUCUUUACAUAGAAAUAAUUAAUUCCGAAUUGAUUUGUUUAAAAAUCACUAUUGUU